AUGGAAAGUAUUAAAAAAUCAGUAGAAAAGAAUACUCGACCAACAGGUACUCGACGUCAUAGAAAACGUCGAAAUAAGUUACCACCAGGUUAUGAUCAAUGGGACGAUGAAAAUAAACAAUAUUAUGAAGAUGUCACCAGUUAUCAAUUAAAAGGACAUCCAAUGCAUGCUAAUGAAAUGAGAGAUUAUAAGAAUGCUGUAGAAGUAUUUGCUGGUUUAAAAGGAAGUCAAUCGCUUGAUUAUGAUUAA